GUGUUUUUCAAACUGUUGCUUGUUGUGUCCUUGUAGUGAAACUAAAUAGGUCCUCAGAAAUUUCACCCAGAACUUUGUUGUUGACCACUAAGUUUAGAAGAUAAUCAUCGAAUGGAUUGCACGAAAGGCUUGAAACUGAAAGAAGUAAGCGUUUUGUUGCGAGACGAUUUUAACGCAGGACCAACUACACUUAAUGAAAUAGAGCCGAAAUUAUGGAUUGGAAACCUUACAGCAGCAACUGAUUUAGAAGCUCUGGAAAAAUAUAAAAUAAAUCACAUACUGACUGUUGAUUCUUGUCCUCUUCCCAAGAACAUUGUCAUGGGUCCAGGAAUCAAAACAAAAUUUAUUCAAGUUACAGACAACCCCCGUGAAGAUCUUUUGAGUUAUUUUGAGGAUACAUUUGAAUUUAUCAAGGCUGGACAAGAGGAUGGUGCAGUACUUGUUCAUUGCUACUUUGGAAUGUCUCGGAGCCCAGCAGUUGUGAUCGCUUAUAUGAUGAAGAAGUACUGCCUCUCCUAUGAUGAUGCAUUUGAAAUAGUGAAAAGUAAGAGAAAUGUAACAAUGCCGAAUCAAGGAUUUCAGCUUCAGCUGCAACUUUAUCAUGUUAUGGGGUGGAAAAUUGAUAAAAAGAACCUACAGUUUCGUCUUUUCAGACUACAGAUAGCAGCAGAAAAUGUAAAGAAAGUCAAGAUAUUGCCAAAAAGCUGUGCAGAUGUUGUGAAGCCAGAUCCGGGUUUAAUCACCGUUAGACCUGAGCCUCUGGUCUAUUGUUGCCGUAAGUGUAGGAGAAUUGUGGCAAGUGCAUCAAACUUGUUGCCACAUAUUGCAAAGGAGAAACCAUUGUGGACUGAUAAUAAAUGGAGCUUGCCAAAUGAGCUUGAUGUCUGCACAUUAACUUACUUUGUGGAGCCAUUAGCCUGGAUGAAAGUAGUCACCAACUCCCAGCAAGGGAAGCUUUACUGCCCAAAGUGUAAUGCAAAGCUGGGUUCCUUCAGCUGGACAAUGGGUUGCCAAUGUCCCUGUGGGUCCAAAAUUUCGCCAGCAUUUUACUUUGUACCAUCUAAGGUAGAAUGGAGUAAUAUUGUACAAAAUGUUCAGGUAACAGUGUGAAUGAAGACUGAAAACUAAUCUUGAAAUCUUUUCAGUGAUAUUCAGUACAAAAGUAUACA